GCAUCCACUCUCUGGCAUCUUUGCCUCCCGACACUCAACCGAAAAUGUCCAGCAGACAAGGCGGCAAACUCAAGCCCCUCAAGACUCCUAAAAAAGCUGAGAAGUUCGAAGAUGAGGACGAUGCCGCCUUCAAGCAAAAGCAAAAGGAAGAGGCAGCCAAGCUGAAGGAGCUUCAAGCCAAAGCCGGUCAGAAGGGACCCCUCAGUGGUGGUGGCAUCAAGAAAUCCGGCAAGAAAUAGAACGAAGCAAUCCUGGCCGAUCCCCCGAAUGUCGACUGCCAUGCGAUGUUGGACUUGUUGCAUCUGCGCUUCGUGACCGCAUCAAUACAUUGCCCAACAGCGAUGAUUUUCAUUUGGUGAUGUGUCUAGUUCUCACCGCGCCAGGACCGUCGUUUUUUUCUGGUCCUGAAUACACCACCACCCCCAUUGCCCACCACGA